CAAAAUGGACGUGUUCCUGAUAGCCAUGCUAUGGGCCGGACUCGGUAUAACUUUGGGGGAUGUAGACAGGUUGUUGCCCUCCUUCCCCAGUUCCCCAGAGGAUGUUGGUAUUCAUGUUUUAGAUUUAAUAUAUGACCUUGAAAAUCGUGUGCGACUUCUUGAAGACUCUCGUUCAAAAGAUGUCAGACGCAUGCGUGAUAUGCAAUCUGAGAUUGACGAACUAAAAUCUGACAACUAUCGUCUACAGCAACAGUCUUCUUAUCGUACUACCGAUGUCACCACUAACAUACACAAAACACCGUCAGAUAAUCACUUUAGUGAUGAGUUUGUUUCGGAAAGUAGACAAAAACCAGUAUACAAGUUUGUACAAAACAAUACUGCAAGUAUCAUGUUAAUGAAGAAUGAAGACGGACCAAGAAGCACCAAACCGGAUGUACUGUCAAAACGAACGAAAACCAUACAAAGCCUGUUUAGGCGUCGCCGCGGGAAUGCGCCAUCGAUUCCUAAACGCACGGGUUCUACUCGUGUCGGAUCGACGAAUGUAAUUGCCUUUCAUGCAAUUCUGGGAACCACUGUCACCGCACCCGCCGUCAACCAUGAGAUCGUUUACGAUCAUGUUAUCACCAACAACGGCAAUAUGUACUCUUCACUCACGGGGACAUUCACCUGUCAACAGCCGGGUACUUACGUCUUCUCGUGGAGCACACUUACAAAUGCCAAUAACUUUUUAGAUUCCCAUCUUGUGAAGAAUGGCGUCAGAAUGGGGUCCAUUGUUAACCCGCGAGGCACUCAUUCCGGUUCGACUAGUGGUUUGGUUGUGAUACAGCUGGAUGAGGGAGAUCUGGUCUGGGUUAGGGUUGGAAAUCAUGACAGCAGUGCUAACGUAUAUGCCAGUUGGAGCAUGUUCUCUGGCUUUAAACUGAACUGAUACUUAUUGAGAUAAUAAAACAGCCUUACAAAUGUGUGAUGAUAUUUUAUUAAACUGCAG